AUGAUGAAGCAUACGUUGACAUUUCUGCUGCCAACAGUCGUUCAGAGCAGAGUAGGAUGUCCAAACAACCUUGCGUCAAGCAAAAAACUCCACCCGACAGCAUGGCUUGAUGGUAUGCGAGGUAUAGCAUCUGUUCUUGUCUUUGUGCAUCACGUCACAUUGCCCUCACAUGAUGUGUCGGCAGCCUGGUCUCCCGAAGAGCCUUUCAACUCGUUCUUACGCCUACCAAUGAUCCGCUUCUUUUACAAUGGUCCCUUUAUGGUGGCCAUAUUUUUCACCGUGUCAGGUUACGCCCUCUCCUACAAGCCCGUGAAGCUGAUGCGACAAGGAGACUUUGAGGCCCUGUGCUCAACACUUUCGUCCUCCGUCUUUCGUCGCGGCUUUCGGAUAUAUCUGCCCUGCAUCGCGUCGACUCUUUUCAUUGUCUUGUUCAUCCAGCUCGGGCUAUACGAAUUGACAAGGCCGAUCGCGACAGACCCUUCCCGUUUGUCUGGCGGCCCCGAGUUCCACCCUGAGCGCGGACCGACCGCGAUGGAACAGAUAAGACCUUGGUUUCACGAGAUAUCGAGAUUUCUGAACCCGUUCACAAACGACGAUGUUAAGCAUUAUGAUGGACACCUCUGGACAAUCUCCACAGAAUACACAAACUCCAUUAUCUUGUUCGUCACACAGCUUGGAGUCUGCCGCUUGCGAUCCAGACUGCGACUGCUCUUCCUACUCUGUUUGAUAGCCUUUGCACACCAGAUCUCACACUGGUCCAUGAUAUUGUUCUACGGAGGCUUCGUUUUUGCAGAAUUAGACAUUCGCCGCCGCUCGAUAGUACAACCAUCAGGCGCAAAGACACGUGCCAAUAUCUUCUGGUCUACGACAUAUAUUGUCAUUUUCAGUUGCGGGCUUUAUCUCGGGGGUCAGCCGGAGACUCAUCUGGACAGGGCACCUGGCUGGAACACGCUCAUUUCUUGGAUCCCAGAACCGUUCGGAGGGAUAUUCAUCAGACUGCGAUACUGGACAGCGUGGGGUGCUCUUUUGAUUGUCUGGUCAACCUCGAACUCGUUGAUACUCCAACGCCUGUUCAAUCACAGGAUCUCACAGUAUCUGGGCAAGAUUUCAUUUGGACUCUACCUUGUCCAUGGGUGCAUCAUACAGACGAUAGGGUAUCUAUUGUUCGCAUUCUUCUGGAGCAUCAUCGGAUACGAUACGCCUGCAAGGAAGGAGCUGGGAUUCGUCUUGGCUUCGAUCAUCAUCUUUGCGGUCACGAUUUGGGCGGCCGAUAUAUUCACAAGAUUGGUUGACGCACCAUCGCUGAGAGUUGCUAGGUGGCUGGAGCAGAAGUGUCUUGUGUAG